AUGACGACAACGAGCAGCGGUGCCAUCAUACCAUGGUGGACCACGCUCGAGUUCGGCGCUCCGGGAACGCUCCUCUACCGCCUCCUCUUCCUCGACAGUCAAUACCGCGCCUUCUCCCCCUGGCACGAAAUCCCGCUCUUCCUCUCCGCGUAUCCCGCGGCAGAUCCUAAGGCGCCGAACGCGAUUCCCCCGCCGCCGGGCGUGCAGGAGAACUGCACGUUCGAGCAGGGCUUGUCGUUUCUGUGCGUCACGCCGCGCGGUAUCUGGGCCAACUUCGAAGUCGCGGACGACGAGAAUUUCAAUCCGGUUCGGCUUUUAAAACGCAACGGCCGGCCCGCGCAUUACGCGGAGAACUGCCAGUGGAACCUGGGGAUCUUCACGCAGACGUGGGCGGAUCCCGCGGCGCCGAACGAGGAUCUCGGCGGGAUGCGCUUCGACGGGCGGCCGCUGCAGGUGAUCGAGCUCGGGUCGCGCACGGCGCGGACGGGGGAGGUGUAUUCGGUGAAGCCGCUAGCGGCGUUCGCGGCGAUCAGCCAGGGAGCGAAUAUCGCGUGGAAGAUCGUCGCAGUCGCGACGGACGACCCGUUGGCGAAAGAGCUGAACGACGUGGCUGACGUCAGCAGGAAGUUACCCGGCGUGCUGGAGGAGAUUAGGGAGUGGCUGCGGCUGUGCGACUGCACGGAGAAAGGCGACGCGGGGAAGGCGUUCGGGUUCAACGAGCGCGCGAAGGGGCGCGAUCAGGUGCAGGCGUGCAUUCGCACGUGCCACGUGGCAUGGCAGGCCAUGUUUCACGCGCUUCCGAAGCCCGAGCCGUGGCUCCCGCGCUCGCGGCCGCCUAAGAUGAAGACCAUAGAAGCGUUCUGGGCGCCUUACACGGCGAAAUACGUCAGCGAUGGCGGCGGCGUGGCGAGUAUUUUCGUCAGUGACCCUGAUUGGGAGGAAAAGGUCGCGGAGGCGGAAAAGGCGCGCGGGGAAGGGGGAGCCGGGGGAGCAGGCGCAGGGAGGGGGAGGGGAAGAGGGGGAGCGGCGGGGAGGGGCGCGCCGGGGGGAGGCGUAGCAGCAGGGGGAGGCGCAGGGGGGGAGGUGAAUGAUUCGGUAUGGGAGACGUUGUCAACGGUUGAGACCGUUGGUAUGCUGGAGAAGCUGAGGUCGCGGAAGCAUCUGAACCGUCCAGCUUUCUUCGCGAUGGUCGAUCGUGUGGAGCACGGAAGCCGCUCCGCCGAUGGAGAUCAGCCGCCCGUCGACUGCGCCGUCGGCGCAAGCUAA